AGGCAGAGGCAUCAGUUGAAUUUGGGCAGAGAGAGUGCAACACACGCCGGAACAAUGAAGGCUGUGUCAUUGUCCAACAAGAACGUGCUGCUGCAGGUGUGGUGUGGUCUCCUCACCCUGGCCAUGGUGGUUAUGGCGGCGCUUCUCGCUUCCAUCAAAGCAAAAUCCAACAAGGAUGGACUUGCGCUACCUACACUGAAGAGCGCCGAUCAUUUCUAUCCAACAGGAGCUCCGCUGAAGUCCGUCGGACCAUCCUCUUCGUACAUAGAGCUGAUGAAAUUUUCCGACAAGCGGCGCUGGCAGAAGUGCUCCCCCACGUGCGACCCCUGCACCCUGGCGCUGCGCGACGACUCCAUCCAGAGCGCCAAGGAUGGCGUCUACUUCCUGUACGCCCACGUCACCUUUGCCAAAGGCGCCAGCAGCAAAGCCAAGUCGGUGAUUGUGACGAGGAACGCCACGGGCGGUAAAAGCACCAGGAAAUUGGUGGAGGGGACCUUCCCGAACACAACCACGGGGUCCGUGUGGGUGGCCAAGAUGGUACGACUCCAGGAGGGAGACAGCGUCAGUGUGAAUAUCAGCGGAGACUUCCUGACCGAGGACACAUUUUGGGGGGCCUUUGAGCUCCAUUAG